GUGCUACACGUGUCUCUUCUGUUUAGAGCGCAGCCGUGGAACGUGCCUACGUCACUCAGACUAUAAAUACGGCCACGCCGGCUGGAGUCCGUCCUCUCUGUAAGCCCGGCGUGGAGAACAUGGCGCCUGUGAGUGUGAAGCCGUGUGUCCGCUCCUUGUCAUACAAUGUGUCCAUACACUGUGUUAUACGGUCAUUAUUACACUCCGUUAACAACAUUCAUUUUCAAAUAUUUGUUUUUUUUCUUCAAUAGUUUUUGUAUUUUAUGGGGAAAAGGGGAUCAGAGGAAAAAAAAACCUGGAGUAUAGAGACUCCCAUCUCCAGACAAACUCUUAUAAUGUGAAUAAGGAAUCACAGGGUGUAUUAAUGAUCAUAUAGCAUGUUAGUGUAUUGACAUACUCUCUCUAUAUUUACCCUUUGUCAUCUCUCUCUCUGUCUGUAUACAGUUUGUCAUGUUAAUUAAUAACCUUGUUAUUGAUCUGUGGGCACUGCUCUAUAUGAAGUUUUAUAAAGUCUAUUAACUAUAGGCUUACCAAUGCUUCUCUUCAUUCCAGUUAAAAGACAAACGCUCCAAGAAGGUGGUGUGCCGGUUCACCCUGGAUCUGACCCACCCGGUGGAAGAUGGCAUCUUCGAUUCUGUGAACUUUGUAAGUUGCUUUGACAUGUUUGUGUUAAACACUUAGUUCAUUGACUUGUAACUCCUGGCACCACAGCUGUUAUACACUGACAACCUCAUAUGUUCAAGAAUCUUAAGUGUUUUCUCAUGUCAUUCCGAUUUGGAUUCAAGGGGAAAAUCAUGGUCACAGCAUUUAAAUGUUAAACUAUUAUAGAAAAAGUGUGUUUUGCGUAUUUUAAGUAUGUAUAGUUACCAUAGCUCUUUUGUUACCUCUUUAAAUCCUAUGUUUCUUGGUGAGACAUUGCAUUACUUACUGUAAUGUGCAGUGUGACCUAUUUUACAACAUCCAAUAGCCCUGUCAGUUUUUGGUUUUUCUCAUUUGCUGGGUUUCUGGACUGAGACCUAAAGAACAGAAAUUAAGAUAAAACAAGGUAUUCAUAAAUAAUGUAACAGUUUUCAGUCAGAUGUUGUAAGUAAACUGUGGGCAUCAUAACCACUACAGCCUGUGCUAGUUUUUUAUGGUCCUUUUUUUUUUUUUAAAAGCCCUUUCUCACUUUCUCUCCUGAACCCACAUUUUCAUCUCUCUGGUUUGAGGUCUCCAUGAGCCCUAGAUGGCUUCCCCUGUUAAUACACAUUAUCUUGUUGUAACACUGGCUUUUAACAGACUACUUUAGACUCUUUCUUCUAUUCUUGAAGGGACACUCUGGGCACCAUAUCGUUAAAACAAUUAUGUUGUCAGGAGGCCCCUGAUGUUUCCUUAUCUGUAGCGAUUAAAUCGUUCCUGAAUGGAUUAACUUACAGAUAAGGAAGUAUCAGUAACACCCUGGCACCAUACUUUAAUUUAAUUUCAACAAAGUUUUUAUUGGGCUCAAAGUUUAUUUUAUUAUUGUUGUACAAACUAAGCUGCAUAGUAUUUUAAAUGUACUUUUGGAUUUGUUUUCUGUCUCCUAAUAUGGCUUUUAACUAGGGUUACCUUCCCUAGUUCGUACCUAGGGUUUUCUUCCCUAGUGUCCAUACUUGUUUGUUCUUCUCAAAAUAGGAACAAUUUCUCAAGGAGAAGGUGAAAGUCAAUGGAAAAACUGGAAACCUUGGCAACAUUGUUCGUAUUGAACGUCUAAAGAACAAGAUCACUGUUGUUUCUGAGAAACAGUUUUCUAAAAGGUGAGCCGACAGUUUUUUUUCUACAUGUAUUUCUAAAUACAAUAUAUCAGUUAUGAACUUUAAGCUAUUGUAGAAUGUUCACUUGUUCACAAUACACAAAGUCCUUCAAUGUGCAGUGAUGUAAAUUGGUUUGUCUAGCUCUUGGCUCCUUAAAAUUAAACCAUCAAUAUAAUUGUGAAGUGCCUUUUGCUAGAAAAACUUGCCUGCAGUUUAUGAAUACAAAUCAAUUUCCUAGGCAUAAACUUCUAAAUAUUUUUACCUCUAAGGAAUUCCUAAUGUCAGUUUUCAAAAAAGCAUUUUGAUGACACAAUGGUACUACAUUAUGGUGCCAUAUGUGAUAGAAUCUCUUCGUGUUUAUUAAUAUAAGAAUAAAUGUGUUCCAUAACAGGAAUGUUGUCAAUAUUGGCACCCAGACCACUUCAGCUCAUUGAAGUGGUCUAGGUGCAAUGUCCUUAUUGCAUGUAGUGCUGCAAUGUUAAACAUUGCAGUUACAGAUAAACUGCAAUGUUUGCAUUGCAGCUCUAAGUCUGCCUCCAGUGGCUGUCUACCUCUGGAGGUGCUUCCUGCGUCCAAACUGAUCUUUGGUCUGGUAAAUGACACUAGACGUCCUUGCGCUUUGCAUGAGGAAAUCGUCAGGUUAUUUUUUUCGUCCAUGGGAAGUCAUUGAAUCAAUGCUUUCCUAUGGAGAGGUCUAAUGCACGCUGCAUUAGCACACAUGACCUAGUGCUGAGGAACAUCGGCACUGGGAUCCGGUAAGUAAUAUAAGGAGUUUUUAACACUAUUCACUAGGAAGGGAGAGGCAGAUGGGGCUAUAGUGAUGACUGCAGGCUCUGCUCAGAUAACUGCUUUGACCUGGUAAGUGCAAAAUACUGCAAAUAAAAUAGGACUGUAGCAGAACUAUGCUCAUAAUUUGGAGGUUAUUAGUGGUGCAUACACAAUCUUUUGCAAUUUAAUCUGCAAGGUUGACACUUUGUGCUGCAUCUGGAAUUGAUACCCCAUAUUUGUAAAAACUAAACCUACUCUCCCACAGUAGUUUUGGUUUUAAUAGCCUGAUCCUCAGUGUCUGUAAUCCUCGUACAUAUCGAAUUUCCCCAGUCUUUUUUUUUUUUUUUUUUCCAUCUGCCCUCUAACCACUUUCUCACAAGCAGUCUUCCCAAAAAGGCUUUUUUAAGUUCACAUUCUUUUUCUUUUUGUGCUUAUGUACUGUAAUAAGGAAUGUAUUGGCAAUUGCAAAUUCUAAAUUAACUAGCAUUUUGUAUUUGCUUAAUAGGUACCUGAAGUAUCUUACAAAGAAAUACUUAAAGAAAAAUAACUUGCGUGAUUGGCUUCGUGUGGUUGCAUCUGACAAAGAAACGUAUGAGCUCCGUUAUUUCCAGAUCAGCCAGGAGGAUGAAGAGUCAGAAUCAGAAGAUUAAAGUGGCUUUCCUAUUGAAAUAAAACUUUGAAAGUACUCCCGUUUAAAGUCCUUUUGUGUUUUUAUAAUUAGAUCAUGGUUGUUAUAAUGCACUGGG